CUUUGCCCCACUGGCCUCCAGAAACUGAGAUAUCUCACCCUUUUCGGUGAGUCUCUGUCACUCGCUCUCUAUCUUGGGUUGUAGGCAAUGGGCUAACAGUCGACGACAACGGGACGCAGCGGGGGUCAACUCUAUCGGUGUUGCAGAGGACGGGGCCAGGGACGAACGGUUAACCGCACUUCCUGGGUUGGUUAAUAUUGGUGUAGAGCCUCUACUACUACCUCAAACCUCUACUGCUCGGGAGUAGAAAGUUUUUUCAUUUUUUUAAAAAUUCAAUGGCUUCUCAUGAUCACCACCAUGCUCAUGACCAUCACCAUCAAGAUCAUGAUCAUGAUCAUGAUCAUCACCAUCACCAUGGAGAUUCGGGAACUGGGUCAUGGGUAGGACCCGACGGAAAGGUGUACCAUAGCCAUGAUGGACUGGCGCCACACUCACACGAACCCAUUUACUCACCGGGGUUCUUCAGCAAAAGAGCUCCUCCACUUCACACUAGGGAUUUCAAUGAAAGAGCUUUCACUAUUGGUAUUGGUGGACCUGUUGGGACCGGGAAAACAGCUCUAAUGUUGGCUCUCUGUCAAUUUCUAAGAGACAAGUAUAGUCUUGCUGCUGUGACAAAUGACAUAUUCACAAAAGAGGAUGGUGAGUUCUUGGUGAAGCAUGGAGCACUCCCUGAAGAGAGGAUAAGAGCUGUAGAAACAGGAGGUUGUCCACAUGCUGCCAUUCGCGAAGACAUAAGUAUCAAUCUUGGCCCCCUUGAGGAGCUUUCAAAUUUGUUCAAGGCAGACAUACUUCUAUGUGAAUCCGGAGGAGAUAACUUAGCAGCCAACUUCAGCAGAGAACUUGCUGACUAUAUCAUCUACAUAAUAGAUGUAUCUGGUGGUGAUAAGAUUCCUCGAAAAGGCGGUCCGGGAAUCACUCAAGCUGAUCUUCUGGUGAUCAACAAAACUGACCUUGCAGCCGCUGUUGGAGCUGAUUUAGAAGUCAUGAAGAGGGAUGCUCUUCGUAUGCGAGACGGGGGUCCUUUUGUUUUUGCCCAGGUCAAGCAUGGAGUGGGCAUAGAGGAAAUAGUGAACCACGUUUUACAGGAUUGGGAAGAUACAACUGGGAAGAAGCGCCGCUGAUUAUUUACCAUCUCUUGUUCCAAAAGGCUUCUUUCCAUUUAGUUUAGUAUUUUUUUUUCUUUUUCUUAAUCAAAUGUCUAGCGCGUAGCUUAGCUUUAUCAAUAAGUGAGGCCUUAAACUAUCUUAUGUAUAUGAUAUGUACGCUGGAGUCAUUGAUGAUCAUCGUUAUGCAAUUUUAAUUUGAUAAUUCAAGUAUGUUCUUGAAAUAAGUUCAAGAGUUUAUAGGGUAAUACAAUCUUAGAAUGUAUGAGAAUUUGGUAAUAUAUUUCUUCUAUCUUUUCUCCAAA